AUGCAAAUUCUGCAUUUUGAUAUCAAGCCACACAACAUUCUUCUUGAUGCAAACUUUAUCCCAAAAGUUUCUGAUUUUGGCCUUGCAAAAUUACAUUCAAUAGAAGAAAGCAUUGUGUCUCUAACUGCUGCUCGAGGAACAUUAGGAUAUAUUGCUCUAGAAUUAUUCUACAAGAACAUUGGAGAUGAAUCCACGGAUCGCCCUUCAAUGAGCAAGGCAUUGGAGAUGCUAGAAGGUGAAGUUGAACUCCGCAAAUGCCCCCAGGCCUACUCUAUAGUCCAGGAGAUGUCAGUUGAGGAUCAUAUGAACAAUCCAGUCGGGGUACCAAUUUCUUCACGAAAUGCGACAAUGACGAUCAGCUUGGAGGGAAGGUAG